UCUCACAGUGAUGCUGAGUCCAGAAGGAGGUCUCGCCAUCCCAGGAGGCGUUCAAGAUCUGCAGUGAGGUUUGCAGAAUAUGCUGAUCGUGAUGAUGAUGACCUACAUGAGCUCCAUAGAUCUGUACGAGAUCUCAAUACAAGUCAAGCGAGACUCGAAGAUGAUUUGAAUCAUGAAAUUUCUAGAAGAACAAGGAAUGAGAUUGAUCAGACUCGUAGCAUGGAGAGCCUUCGUAGUAGCCUUGCUAGUAGACCCCCUCCCACAGAUCCUUUAACUAGUGUGGAUCGAAGACUUCAAAGUCUAGAACA